GCAGGCAGGCGGCAACUCCCAGUCCUCAGAUGAGCUGGAGGCUGUAGAGCUGCGAGAUCGAGCCCGGGCUGCGCUGCUGAACCGCUGAAGCACGGAGUGGGCAUUUCUCUGCACAGAGUAAAUACUAAAUACCCCCCCUGGAGUAAAUGUGGGGAGUGGGCAGCUGUGGCCACCCGGGAUCCCACCACCGAUGACUGAGACCUUUGCACCUUGGAUGGUCUCAUUGCAUCUGCUGGGAUGUUAGCUCGCAGGAGAGCACUUUGAUUUGGUCCCUGUCCCUCUCUAUCUCAUCUUCCACCAUGCAUGCCCAGGGAGGCUGCUCUGCUGAGGACCUCGGCCAGCUCCCUGAUGAGGAGCUCCUGAGGUCCAGCAAGGAGGACCUGAUCCAGAGGCUGAGGAGAGCGGAGGGCGAGAACAUGAGCCUGAUGUUGGAGCACGGGAACCUGAUGAAGGACGUCAACCGGAGGCUGCAGGUCCACCUGCACGAGAUCAGGGGCUUGAAGGAGGUCAACCAGAAACUUCAGGAGGACAACCAGGAGCUGAGGGAGCUGUGCUGCUUCCUGGACGACGACCGGCAGAAGGGCAAGAAGCUGUCCAGGGAAUGGCAGAGGUUCGGCAGGCACACCGCCGGGGUGAUGUGGAAGGAGGUGGGGGCUUACCAGCAGAAGCUGAAGGAGCUGGAGACCAAGCAGGAGGCUCUGCUCAGGGACAACCUGGAGCUCAAGGAGAUAGUUCUGAUGCUGGACGAGGAGAGGAACGGGGCCGGCUCACGGAGUUCCAUCGACAGCCAGAGCAGUCUGACCAACCUGAAUGGAGGCUCUGCCACCAGAGAUGUAGGGGAUGGGAGCAGCACCUCCAGCGCGGGCAGCGCAGGGAGCCCGGACCACCACCACCACCACCACCAUCACCCCAAGCCAGCGGAGGGUAAAUCUGGGACCAUCAGGAGGUCUGUGGAUGACCUGUCCACCCUUCCCCACCACAGGAGCAUCCCUAACGGGCUGAAUGAUUCGUCUUCCAACUACAUCCGGCAACUAGAGACCAAAGUGAAACUCCUUGAGGACGACCAUAAAAUCUUGUCACAGCAUUCCAGCCACAGCGAAUUGAGGACUUUACGGAAAGGCUUAUCUCCAUACCACUCGGAGUCCCAGCUGUCAGCGCUGUCCCAGUACCCGGAGAACCUGCAGAAUGGCUCUGUGCGGAUACCUCCUGACAUCACAACAACUCCCCCCGGUGGCUACAUCCCAGCGGUGCAGAAGCCGGAAGCUGUUGUGCACGCAAUGAAGGUCCUGGAAGUGCAUGAAAACCUGGACAGACAGGCGCCGGACAGCUACGAGGAAGACCUCAGUGAGAAGGAGAAGGCGAUUGUGCGAGAGAUGUGCAAUGUUGUAUGGCGAAAGUUGGGAGAUGCAGCGAACUCAAAACCUUCGAUCAGACAGCACCUAUCUGGAAAUCAAUUCAAAGGACCUUUGUAGAAAACAUUUUUUUUUCCUAUUGAAAAGAAGCUGAAAGGCGUCAGGCACUUGUAAUGACGAACUGUAUAUAUGGCCACUCAAGGGCAGAACAUAAGCUGCAGACACAAUAUAUUGUAUAUACAUUUACCCGGAAGACUAUACAAUACUUUUGUACAGACUGUAGAUGGACGUUAGGAAACCAGAAGCACUGACCGCCUCUUCUAUAUAAUACGCGCAAUGUGCAAUAAUAGAUCGCUAUCCUGGAGCUUACGUCAGGCUCUUUGGCUAUUGAACUACAAUUCCCAGCAUGCACCACCAGCCGUGAGCUGUCCACCCAAGACUUGUUUAGAUCAUCAGAUGAAUGUUUGUAGAAUGACAAUGUGGGUUUUGUCUGACCACUAAUUAGACAUUUUAGUAUUAUGACACACUGGAUUAUUUCGUAACGACGUGUUAAAUCUUUGUGGAAAACGAGAAUUUCAUCCUUUUAUUUACCAGACAUGAGAACAAAACAGGAUAUUUUUGUAAAGAACAAGAGGUCACAAGGAAACUGGGAUUUUUUUCCUCCCCUUGUUUUGUGAACUUUCUACUGGACUAAAUAUUCUGGGUACUUGAACGAUUUCUAUUCUGAUCAAUAUUUCUUUGAACUGAUGGAACCGGUUUAAAAAAAGAAAAAAAGAAAAAGAAAAUUUAAAGUUUUUCAGGAACUUGUAGAUUUAUAUUCCUGCAAAGACCAAAAUAUUUUUUUCCCCUCCAACCUGCUGUAUAUAAAGUGGAUGGAUUUCUAUUUUGUUACGAUGCUGUAUUAGAUAAUGUAGAAGUUGACAGAGAAUAUAUUCAUUUUAUGUCAGGAUAUAAAAGUCUAUGUAUA